AUGGCGUGUACCAAACGCAAACAGUUAUCACUGACAGGAUUUCUUUCUGAGUCGUCAUCUCAAGAGCAGGCAACAAAGUACAGAGCAAUGGACUCAUCUGGUUUCAACGUAGCUUCCGCUAAGACAACUUGCGGAUUACCCCAAACAACAGAUCAACUUGCAACGGGAGAUGAAAAUGACCACGUUAAAAUUGACAUUGCUGACUUUGUGGCGGACUCUCUAGCGGUUAUUCCAGAUGCAGUAAAAUGGCGCCUUAUCAACGAGAGAAGACCCUUGGAGUACGAGAAAAUUCCCACUCGAACCUACAAAGAUUCCAAACGAAAGAGUAGCGUAUAUCACAGGAACUGCAAUCGAGAAUGGUUUGACAUGUUUACUUUUCUCUCAUAUUCAAAGAGAGCUUCAGGCUUGUACUGUCUGGCAUGUGUUCUGUUUCCAGCUAUAGGUUCCCAUCAGGGAGCCUCCCGCGCCAAUUUACUGGUUAAGAAGCCUUACCAAAAUUGGAAAGAUGGUAAAGUUGAUUUGACAGCACACGCAAGUGUCCAUUAUCACCAGCUAUCGAAAGCAAGGCUUAUGGCAUUCAUUGUAACCAUGGAAAACCCUAGUCAAAGAGUUGAUUUUGCAAUUAAUCUUGAAGCACAGCAGCUUGUGAAAAGAAAUCAUGCUGUUCUGACAUCCACUGUCAAAUCCUUGGAAUUCUGUGGCAGGCAGGGCAUUUCACUGAGGGGACACAGAGAUUAUUCUAAAUGUGACGUCAUCAACAAAGGAAAAUUCCUAGCAUUAGUGCAAUUUCGAAUUGAUUCAGGUGAUACUGUUUUGAAAGAACUAGAAAACAAGAUUUUGUCUGAUGUGAAGGCUAGUAAGUUCUUUGGACUGGAGGCUGAUGAAGUAACAGAUUUGAGUGGAUGGGAGCAGCUUGGGGUGGUUCUUCGUUUUGUCAAAGAUAAUCAACCGGUAGAGAGACUUGUCAGUUUUAUCCCCUGUGAAAUUUUAAGGGGAGCUUCGAUUUGUGACAAACUCUUUGAAGCUCUCUCUCGGUUUGGAAUUGAUUGUAACCUUUGUCGUGCACAAGCAUCCGAUGGUGCAGGAAGCAUGUCUGGUCACCUAAAUAGCUGUCAGGCUAAGUUUCGAGAGAAAGUUCCCAAGGCAGCAUAUUAUCACUGCGCUAGCCAUCAACUGAACUUGGCUAUUUCCAAGUCAUCCACUGUUCCCGACAUCUGCUGCAUGCUCUCUCAUCUAGAGGCUGUAGGCAUUUUCUUUAAGUAUUCCCCCAAAAGACAACGACAUCUUGAGACUACAGUUUCGAAGGUAAUUGUUCAAAGGAAAUCACUUGGAGCCACGAAAGUUUCCACUCACAAAGUAAAACUGAUGUGUGAAACGCGUUGGGUCGAGCGGCGUACCAUCUUGGUUGAAUUUGCUGAGAUAUAUGAACCCAUCGUAAACUGCUUUGAGACUAUAAGCAGAAACUCAAGUAGGGAGUGGAGCGCCAAGAGCGUGACGGAGGCCAAUGGACUUCUCAAAGCUAUCUCGUCAGACCAAUUUAUUGCAGCAUUCCAGACAAAUCUCUACUUCUUUGGUUACACCAAACCCUUAAGCUGCCUUCUCCAAGGCUCGACGCAAGAUAUUUGA